AAAAACAUUUGUAACGGUAUACGACACUUCAUACAACAUUGUAACUUUCAUCAUCGGUUUAUUCGUGACUUAAGGGAGCCCCUUCAGGAAAAAACUUUUUUCUCUUACAUCCAAGUUUGAUCAAACUUUCAGCAAAUGUUUGCCAUAUCAAACUGUGGUUAUCAAAUUUAUUUUACCUCGCUAUCAAUUCCAAAGGAAAGAAAAUGGGAUUUUAUCUAAGAGAAACUCAAAUAAUUGCAUUAUAGUUAUUUUUAAAUCCUGAUUUAAAUAAAACAAAUAUUGAAUGUUUAGCACAAAUAUCAACUGGUGAAGGUAAAUCAAUUAUAAUUCCGGCAUUAGCUGCAAUUAAAGCAUUAGGUUGUCAUAGAGUGGAUGUAAUUACAAGUUUAAGUGUUUUAACAAUUAGAGAUGCUAAAGACUUUAAACCAUUUUUUCAAAUGUUUAAUUUACAAGUUUCAAAUAAUUGUGAUUUAUUAUGUGAACAGGUGAUGGUAAUCAAUCAGCAGAACAAAUAAGAAAAUCAGCAUGAUACAAACGGACCAGUUGAUAUAAUUUAUGGUGAAUGUUCAUGUUUUGAACGUGAUAUAUUAUUAACAGACUUUAAUAAAAAGGAUGAAAGUCAAGAUAUAAUUAGUAAAAGAAGAUUUAAUAGUGUAUCAAGUGUUAUUAUUGAUGAAGUUGAUAGUAUGUUAUUACUAUCCAUUUCAAAAAAGAAGAAGCACGGCCAUUUCUU